AUGGAUUAUAUGGAACUAAAGGACCUAGAUUUUUUGAAGUUUGUAAGAAACUUCUACAGAUUACGCAUGGCCACCAAUGAAGAAUACGAUCCUCCAUUUCAUGAAGCCAUCAAUUACUACGCCAACUAUUUGGAGCAGUUGACUUUGGAUUAUUGGGAAGACCUACUCAUCAAUUAUAACAUCUACAAUUAUCACUUUUAGCAAUCAUACUAGAAAAUAAACAAUUCCAAAUAAGAUAUAGAACUAAAGAAGUUCACAAAUGUCUAGCUAUUCAAUCUCUAUGAUAAAUUGAUAGAAUUUUAUAAACUAAAUAUUAAGUCUGACUUCAUAAUCGCAUUAUCUAUUUGGUAUCCUUCAAUUUUUAGCAUUUUGUCCUCUCAAGCACGUAAAGAUCUUUCAGACAGAAGAGAGAAUCUAACCUUGAAAUAUCUAUCAAAAGAAUUGACCAAUAUGCAGCAAAAACUAAAAUUUGAGUUCUCCAUCCAUAAAAUAGUUGACAUCUCACAUAUGUUAUUUUAUGACGUGUUUUUCAUUCAAACAUUGAAGUAAACCCAUUGAAGCUAAUUAAUAGAUAACCAAUGCAAGCACAUCAUUAAUUGUUGGAUGUAAUUGACGAUGCAUUUAUCCAAUUCUUUUAAGAACAAUAUAAUCUGGCAGAAAUACAACAAAACACUCAGGCAAAAUGUUUAUAGAUUACAAAAAAGCAAUAGGUGGACAAAGAACCACUUAAAAAAUUUAAAUAGGAUUGCCUUCUUACAAUCAUGUAAAUGAGAAUGAAGAAUUAUGAACAAUACACAAAAUUUAUUAAACAUUAUUUAAAACUAUGA